AUGCUGCCUACAUUACUAAUUCUCGUGGGGGCUUGGGGAGCAUUGCAAGCUGACUUACUUUCUGACAGAAAGGUUUUACUUCUACCACCCGCUAAUUUUACCAUUAAAGCCACUGGAUUAGCUCAAGUUCUUUUACACUGGGAGCCCAAUCCUGACCAAGAGCACAGGAAUGUUGAUCUACAAUAUCAUGUGAAAAUAAAUGUUCCACAAGAAGAUGAAUAUAAUACCAGGAAGACUGACAGCAAAUAUGUGGCCCCCCUUCACAACGGCUUUGCAGCUAGUGUGAGGAGCAUCGUAUGGAGAAGUAACUCUUUCCUGGCCAGCAGUUGGGUUUCUGCUGAACUCAAAGCUUCACCAGGGUCUUCUGGAACCUCAGUUAUUAAUUUAACUUGUACCACAAACACUGUCCUGAGUAGUCACACCCACUUAAGGCCGUACCAAGUGUCUCUUCGCUGCACCUGGCUUGUUGGCAAGGAUGCCCCUGAGGACACACAGUAUUUCUUAUACUACAGGUUUGGUGUUUGGACUGAAGAAUGCCAAGAAUACAGCAGAGAUACACUGAACAGAAAUGUUGCAUGCUGGUUUCCCAGGACAUUUAUCAACAGCAAAGGGUUUGAUCAGCUUGCAGUACAUGUUAAUGGCUCAAGCAAGCAUGCUGCAAUCAAGUCCUUUGAUCAGCUGUUCACUCCACAUGCCAUUGAUCAAGUGAAUCCUCCAAUGAAUGUCACAGUUGAAAUUGAAGAAACUUCCCUUUAUAUCCAAUGGGAGAAACCAGUUUCUGCCUUUCCAGUCCAUUGCUUUAAUUAUGAAUUAAAAAUCUACAAUACGAAGAAUGGUUACUUUCAGGUGGAAAAACUGGCCACCAACAAAUUCAUGUCAAAAAUUGAUGAUGUUUCUACAUAUUCCAUUCAAGUGAGAGCAGUUGUGAGUUCAUCUUGCAGAGUAUCUGGAAGCUGGGGCGAGUGGAGUGAACCUAUUUAUGUGGGAAAGGAGAAGAAGCCCUUGGCAGAAUGGCAUUUCAUUGUGUUUCCAGCAACCGCCUGCUUCGUCUUAUUAAUUUUCUCAUUCAUCUGCAGAGUGUGUCACAUAUGGAUCAGGUUAUUUCCACCAGUUCCAGCUCCUAAGAGUAACAUCAAAGAUCUCCUUGUGGUGACUGACUAUGAGAAAGUUGCUUGGAAUGAAACCAAAAUUGAAGUUGUAAGUUGUGUGGAAGAAACUGGAUUUGAAGUCAUGGAAAAUUCUGUGUUUUGAUGGCAUUGAGACAUUCUGAAAAGAAUUCAUACAGGACUCCAUGAUAAAAGCAAGGACUGAUAUUUCUUGGCAAGGAGUAAUUGCAAAUGAAAACACAACACUCAAUUUGGUUGCAAGGCAAUACAUCCAGUCACAUGAGUCUCCAAAGUCCCAUCCCUUAAAGAAGACAAGCGUCAUCAAACCCCCCUUGCUGAUAGCGGGAUAAUGGAUUCAUCUGAGUAGAGGCCUUGUUUUCCCACCCACAGUACAUAAAGUAUCACCCGGCCUGGUUAUACAGGCCAGUCUUUGCAAUUUGCAUGACUUACCUUGAACACUUUGCACAGGAGACCGUUUUUUAAGCUAAUGUCACAUGUUUACUUUGGUUUGAGAUGCCAAUGGUAGCACUUUCAACUACAGUGGCAGGAAGAAAGAGUGGAACCCAUCGAGAGUCAACCUAAAUUCAAGAUUGUCUUUCCCACAGCAAGUGGGAGCCAUAAUUUCAUGGUGCUCCUUCCCUUCUGAGUUCUAGAAUGCUUUUCUUUCAAGAACUGUGCCUGUGUGCUGGGAUGUGGGAUGAUGUCAUAUGGGAGUGGAAACAAAGACUGUGUCUGGCUCUAUCCACCAGACCCAGGAAUCAUCUAAGCCAAACUACAGACUACCUGAAAGUGUGCACUAAGACAUCACUGUUGGGGCUGAGGAGAUGGUGAGGAAGCAUAAGGACCCGAGACUGGUCAACCAGCACCAAAGAAACAGCAACAAAACAGUGCAAGCAGCAUGUGUCCACAAUCCUGGUGCUGGGAAACAACAAGGGUCCAUGGGAAUUAUUGGCCAGUCAGUUUAGCAAAUUGGUGGUUUCUAUGUUCGGUGAGAGAUACAGUCUCAAAAAUUUAAGGUAGAAAGUGACUGGGGAGAACCCCUGACACUGACCUCUAACCUACAUACACAUAUUCAUGUACACACAUGAACACACAUAUACACAUGUACACACACUAAAAACAUCAUCCCCUAUUAAGAGAGAAGACAGAAGUUUGUUCAAGGAUCACAUUCUUCACAGUUUCCUUGGUACUAUGAAAAUAAACUCAGAAAGACAUUGGCCAUAAUUUAGCUGUGAAGGUGAUUGCUGGAUCUAGAAUGUACUUCCCGAAGAGACGUUUGAUGCAAGAGCCUUCAUGGCAACUUCCUGGUCGACUAGUUCUUUUUUAUCUUUAUUUUCCUCUUAUAUAUAGAAUCAACAACUUCUUGUUCAACCCUAUUCUCUUAAGUUAGGGUUUCCUAUAAACCAUAUCAAUACACAUUACAAUUGUAUAGAAAUGUAGUCUCCCAGUAUUUCACAUAUGAGGCUGUAUCUAUAGGCUUUUUUAUUGGGCAACAGGUUGAAAGUAGAAGGAAGCACAACUAUGCUCUGGAGGGAGGAAUAAUUAGUAGUAGAAGGGAUCCUAAUGGUGUUGGUUUUACAUAUUCCUGAGGCAAGGAGCUUAAGACAAUGGAAGGAGAUGACGGUGCUUAAAAUCUAUAUCAUGGCCCACUUUUAUAUACUUUAUAGAGCUGAUUUAGUCAGUUUUGAUACUCUGGGUGAGGUGUACAAGGAGUACCAAAUACUUCUUACAUGGCUUUUCUGUUCUGUGCUCAGAAUAGAAGGUAAAGCAGCCAUGGACAUCUGCCAAUAUCGGACCUUCUCUGAAGGUCACAGUACUAUAGCAAAUUUCUUCACUGUCUCUCUGGUCUUUACAAGUCUGCACUGUGUCACAGUUAUACAUAUUACAAUCCCCAUGUUAAAGAUGCAGGAUGUGGGGAUGAGAAAGGUCACUAGCCAGGAAAGGGCACAGUAAAGAGCUGAAUAUCAGACUUAGCAGACCUCUGUAACACAGAGGAGACUAGCACAUAAAAGCUGAAGUUGGGGGCUGGAGAGAUGGCUCAAAGGUUAACAGUGCUGUCUGCUCUUCCAGAGGUCCUGAGUUCAAUUCCUAGCAACCACAUGGUAGCUCACAACCAUCUGU